AUCGUGAAUUUGAGCAUAGACAAUGCCCACUCGAGUCUAGACCUCUUCUCAAAGCACUUCUCCGUCGCCACUCUCACUCCCAGUUCGCUGUUGAUUGCUGAUAUUAAAGCCCUCAAGUGUCCCCGUCGACGGUCAGCUGGAGUAUUGUACUCUAACUAGAUCUCGACGGAAGUUACCGAUCGGAGACGGAGCCUUUCACCCACUUUCAGCCUUCUCGUUUGCACUGAACCAUGGGAAUUGAGGAAAGAUGGUGUGUGGUAACUGGAGGACGGGGCUUUGCUGCUCGGCAUUUGGUUGAAAUGCUACUCCAAUACAAUACUUACUCUGUUCGGAUCAGUGAUUUGGGAGCUAACAUUGAACUUGAGCCAGCUGAAGAAUCAGGAAUUCUUGGUGAAGCUUUACGCUCGGGUCGUGCCCAGUACAUGACUUUAGAUCUUCGUAACAAGGCCCAAGUACUUAAAGUAUGUGAAGGAGCUGAGGUUGUGUUCCAUAUGGCUGCUCCAAACUCUUCCAUUAACAAUUUUCUGCUUCAUCAUUCAGUCAAUGUUGAAGGGACAAAAAAUGUCAUCAAUGCUUGUGUUGAGCUCAAAGUGAAGCGACUUAUCUAUACGAGCUCUCCUAGUGUGGUUUUUGAUGGUGUUCAUGGAAUUCUUAAUGGAGAUGAAUCACUGCCUUAUCCCGCUAAGCAUAACGAUCAUUACUCUGCAACUAAAGCAGAAGGGGAGGCAUUGGUCAUUAAGUCUAAUGGGACUGAGGGGCUUCUAACAUGCUGCAUACGCCCCAGCAGCAUUUUUGGGCCUGGAGAUAAACUGUUUGUGCCUUCAUUAGUUGAAGCUGCUAGGGCAGGGAAAUCAAAGUUCAUUAUUGGUGAUGGCAAUAACCUUUAUGAUUUCACUUACGUUGAAAAUGUGGCACAUGCCCAUAUAUGUGCCGAUCGAGCUCUAGCUUCGGAAGGGACAGUUGCAGGAAAAGUCUCAGGGCAGGCCUAUUUCAUCACAAAUAUGGAACCUAUAAAGUUUUGGGAGUUUAUGUCACUUGUUCUGGAAGAUCUUGGAUAUGAAAGGCCGAGAAUAAAGAUCCCUGUCUUUGUUAUUAUGCCAAUUGCGCAUAUGGUGGAGUGGGCUUAUAGGCUGCUAGGUCCAUAUGGGAUGAAGGUUCCACAGUUGACACCUUCAAGAGUAAGACUUUUGUCUUGCAGCAGAACUUUUAAUUGCUCAAAAGCAAAGGAUAGCAUUGGCUACACACCCAUCAUAACACUUCAGGAGGGUCUACAAAGGACUAUUAAAUCGUAUCCACACUUGAGAGCUGAAAAUCAGCUUAAUACUAAAAGAGAAGGGCCUUCCAAAGCUUCCAUAUAUCUUGGAAGUGGAAGAGUUGCUGACACGUUGCUCUGGAAGGAUAAGAAGCAAACUGUCACUGCAUUAUUAGUUUUGUUUGCCGUAUACUACAACUUCAUUGCAUCCGGGUCUACUGUUGUUACUGCUCUUUCAAAGCUUCUAUUGUUCACAUCAGUCUUUUUAUUUGUCCACAGCAUUCUACCUGAAAAAAUGUUGGGAUAUACAAUUGAGAAAGUACCCGCAUCUUGGUUUCACUUAUCAGAAGAUAAGUCACAUCAAGUUGUUUUCUCCCUUGCUUCUUCAUGGAAUUUCGCUGUCAAUGUUUUGAAAUCUCUUGCAGAAGGGAAUAAUUGGGUGCUGUUUCUCAAGGUUACUGUAUCUCUCAUCAUUCUUAGCUUCCUUGGAGCCUUAUCAUUUCAGAAUACAUAUGUUAUAGGAAUUGCCUUUGCAUUUAUAGCUUUCUACGUAUAUGAGAAGAAGGAACAAGAAAUUGAUGCCCUAUUUCUGAAAACACAACAUUUCGGAUGCAAGUUAAAAUCUGACUUCAGUGGGAGGUUUCUUUCUUCAAAGAAGAUUGAUUGAUAGCUGGUAGCAUGUGUUUUUUGUUCUUUGGGGUUUGGCUAACAUGGGAAGUUGCGUCUUCAUUUGCUAGUUCUGUGGAUUUUUGUUUUGAUUGUUCGACAAAUCUAACAUGGAUUGCAAGCCUGCAUUGUUCGAAGUUCGCAAGCUUCUUAAA